ACAAAUCCGACGCAGGAAUCAAAACCCCUUUUGCCUCAAAACCCUAAUUUCGAAACUCUCUUCAAGCUCUGAUUACUUGCGCAACAAUGGCGAAAUCAAUGAGAUGCAAGAAAGUGAAGAGAUUGAGAGCAUUAAGAAGAGAAAUUGUGGAGAAGGAAUCAUUCACUCUAACGAGAGAAGACGCCAAAUCCGCCGCUAUUGAAGCCGCACUCGCUGCUCCGAAGUUACCAGUUCGUCAACCACCAGUUUCUCCGUUUAUGGAAGUUGCGACGCCGUCCUCUGAGUCUGCUUCUGCCACCACUACAAUCGCCAACGAUAUGGAUGUGGAAAUGGAUGAUGAAAAGAAAAUCAAGUCGCUUAAACCUAUCGGGAAGAAGUUGAAGAAGAAGUUUAAGCUGGGGAUGAAGAAUCGUCGCAGUAAGGGUGUCCUUCGAGGCAAACGAAACUAAAUGGGUCUUGGCUUUCUACUACUGGUUUGUUUCUACUUGCAUAAUUAAUUAUGCUCUCUCUAAAUUCUCAGGGUUCUUCAAUGUUUAAGAAUAUAUCAUCUUUUGUACUGUGUUUUUUUCAUGAGUUUCAGUCUUAUAGAAACCCUAAAAACGUGAUGUCGUCUGAUUGUGCCUCCCAUCUUUCAUUUCCCUGCACCAGAAUCUAUCAUCACAGCUAUUUACUUGGUUUA